UCGCGGCUGGAGCGCUGGAGUUACUCUCGAGCACUCAGCGGCUACAGUCAUGGCUGAGCGCCGCGCCUUUGCCCAGAAAAUCAGCAGGACUGUAGCGGCUGAGGUCAGGAAGCAGAUUGCUGGUCAGUACGGAGGCUCACCUCAACUUCUCAAAAACCUCAGUGUGGGUGGGAAUGCAACUAGCAAUGCUAUUCCUCUGACAGAGGCUGUAGAGCCAGUGGAUUUUGAAGAGUAUUUGAUCACGCACCCUCCCCUUAUAGAGUCAGGACCUCUGAGAGAUCUGAUCGAGUUUCCUCCAGAUGACAUUGAAGUGCUUUACACGCCAAGAGAGUGCCGAACUCUUGGCCAGGAUGUGCCUGAGGAGGGUGAGAAUGAUUCACACGUUAGAGACUGCACCCGGUCUUACACUGAGGACUGGGCCAUCGUUAACCGCAAGUACCACAAGUUGGGCACCGCAUUUAAUCCCAACACUUUGGAUAAGCAGAAAGAGAGGCAAAGAGGUUUACCCAAGCAAGUUUUUGAGUCUGACGAGUUGCCAGAUCACAGCAGCUAUCAAGAUGAUCAGGAUGAUCUGAAGCGAAGGUCCAUGUCAAUUGAUGACACUCCACGUGGCAGCUGGGCUUGCAGUAUAUUUGACCUGAAGAACUCUCAGCCUGAUGCUCUGCUGCCUCACCUUCUGGAUCGAGUACCCAACGAAGAAAUCGACCGCCACAAUGAGGACCAGCGCAAGUCAAACCGCCAUCGAGAGCUCUUCGCACUGCAUCCUGCUUUGGAUGAGGAUGAACCCAUCGAGCGCCACUGUGUGCCUGAUGUUCCAAAAGAACAUUUUGGUCAAAGGCUUCUUGUCAAGUGCUUGUCCUUGAAGUUUGAGAUAGAAAUUGAGCCAAUAUUUGCAAGUUUGGCCUUAUAUGAUAUCAAAGAAAAGAAAAGGAUAUCAGAGAACUUUUACUUCGAUUUGAACUCUGAGCAAACGAAGGCCAUGCUGCGACCGCACAUCCCAUCUGCUGCUAUCUCCACCCUGGCCCGCUCUGCUGUCUUUUCAAUCACCUACCCUUCUCAAGACGUCUUUCUUGUUAUCAAGCUUGAGAAGGUGCUUCAGCAGGGAGACAUUGGAGAGUGUGCAGAGCCUUACAUGGUCUUUAAAGAGUCAGAUGCUGCCAAAAAUAAGGAAAAGCUUGAGAAGCUACGCAGUCAGUCCGAACAGUUCUGUCAGCGACUAGGGCGUUAUCGGAUGCCCUUUGCCUGGACGGCCAUACACCUCAUGAAUAUAGUGAACAGUGCCGGCAGCCUAGAGAGAGACACAGAGCUGGAGAUGGGGCUGUCAGAACGGAAAGGCUCUUGGUCUGAACGGAGGAACUCUAGUAUUGUGGGACGUCGUUCGAUGGAGAGAACCACCAGCGGAGAUGAAUCAUGCAGUCUGACCAGCUUCAGACCAGCUACCCUGACAGUCACCAACUUCUUCAAACAGGAAGGAGAUCGACUAAGUGAUGAAGAUCUCUACAAGUUCCUAGCUGACAUGAGGCGCCCAUCCUCUGUGCUGCGUAGACUGAGGCCCAUUACAGCCCAGCUGAAGAUUGACAUCUCACCAGCCCCCGAGAACCCUCACUAUUGCCUGACACCUGAUCUGCUCCAAGUGAUGCCUUACCCAGAUAGUCGAGUGCGGCCAACCAAAGAGAUCCUGGAGUUCCCUGCCAGGGACAUUUAUGUGCCCAACACCACUUACAGGAACCUGCUGUAUGUGAACCCACAGAGCCUGAACUUUGCUAACCGUCAAGGCUCAGCUCGUAACAUUACAGUGAAAGUACAGUUCAUGAAUGGGGAAGAUCCUAGCAAUGCUAUGCCUGUAAUCUUUGGGAAAUCCAGUUGUGCAGAGUAUUCAAAGGAGGCGUACACUGCUGUAGUCUAUCAUAAUCGAUCGCCAGAUUUCCAUGAUGAAGUUAAAAUCAAGCUACCAGCCUCGCUGACCGACCAUCAUCACAUCCUUUUUACUUUCUAUCAUGUCAGCUGUCAACAGAAACAGAACACGCCACUGGAGACGCCUGUUGGAUACACGGUUCCCCUUCCUGGAAUGAAAUGGGUGGAUAACCACAGAGGGGUGUUUAAUGUAGAGGUUGUGACUGCAUCCACCAUCCACACACAGGACCAGUUUUUAGAUAAGUUCUUUGCACUGGUGCAUGCGCUGGAUGAGCAUAUGUUCCCUGUGAGGAUAGGAGACAUGCGCAUUAUGGAGAAUAAUCUGGAGGCUGAGCUGAAGUCUAGUAUAGCAGCUCUAAAUUCCUCUCAGCUGGAGCCUGUGGUGCGCUUCCUCCACCUACUGCUGGACAAACUGGUGUUGCUGAUGGUGCGGCCACCUGUCAUAGCCGGCCAGAUAGUGAAUCUUGGUCAGGCUUCUUUUGAAGUGAUGGCAUCCAUAGUGAACCGUCUACAUAAGUACUUGGACACUAGUCAAGAUAUGCAUGGGCGAAACAGCCUUCUCUCCUCAUAUAUCCACUAUGUCUUCCGCCUGCCCAACAUGGACCCCAACUCCCCCUCUCCAGGCCCAGGAGGAUUGGGCGGUUCAGUGCAUUAUGCCACCAUGGCCCGUUCUUCUGUUAGACCUGCAAGCCUCAACCUCAACCGCUCUCGUAGCCUUAGCAACAGCAACCCAGACAUCUCUGGCACUCCAACUUCCCCAGAUGAUGAAGUACGGUCCAUCAUUGGCAGCAAGGCCAUGGAGCGCAGUGGCAAUCGCAUGUCAUCGCACACUGAGAGCGCCAGUUUCUUGCAAACAUUAACAGGACGCUUGCCGACCAAAAAGCUCUUUCAUGAGGAGCUUGCCCUGCAGUGGGUGGUCAGCAGUGGCAGCGUGAGGGAGGGAGCCCUGCAACAGGCCUGGUUCUUCUUUGAGCUUAUGGUUAAGAGCAUCAUUCACCACUUAUACUUUACUGACCGCCUGCAGUUUCCCAGGAAGAACCGCUUCCCUGAGCGCUUCAUGGAUGACAUCACCGCUCUGGUUAGCACCAUUGCAGGUGACAUCAUCUCACGUUUCCAGAAGGAUCUUGAGUUGGUGGAAAGGCUCAACACCAGCUUGGCCUUCUUCCUCAAUGACCUCCUGUCAGUCAUGGAUAGAGGCUUUGUCUUCUCUCUCAUCAAAACCUACUGGAAACAGGUGUCCACCAAGCUCUAUGCACUACAGAACCCCACUCUAGAGUCUCUGAGACUAGACUUCUUGAGGAUCAUCUGUAGCCAUGAACACUACGUCACUCUAAACCUGCCCUUCAGUCUACUUACACCCCCAGCCUCCCCCUCUCCUUCGGUCUCCUCUGCCACAUCUCAGAGUUCUGGAUUCUCUACCCAUGUCCAGGACCAAAAGAUUGCCAACAUGUUUGAGCUGUCUGUGCCCUUCAGAGAGCAGCAUUACCUCGCUGGUCUGGUUCUGACAGAGCUGGCUGUAAUACUCGACCCUGAGGCUGACGGGUCAGUACCCUGGUGUGUUCUUUUUAACCUUUCUUUUACCAUCACAGAAUCCCAUAAUCAGUGGGGGCGUCCUGGUGGUCCAGGUACCGAGGAGCAGGAAGCUGAGGGCAACAGUAUGAUUAGCCAGACUGUUGCAAUGGCAAUUGCAGGGACCUCUGUGCCACAGAUGUCACGGCCUAGUAGUUUUCUGCUCAAUCCACAGGCCACCCGUCAGCAUGGCUCGUUCUCCGCUGAGUCCAGUCGUAGUCUGCUCAUCUGUCUGCUGUGGGUGCUGAAGAAUGCCGAUGAGAUGGUGCUUCAGAAAUGGUUCACUGACCUGUCUGUCUCGCAGCUCAAUCGCCUGUUGGACCUGCUCUACCUCUGUGCCUCCUGCUUUGAAUACAAGGGCAAAAAGGCAUUUGAACGUAUGAACAGUCUUUGUUCCACAGAGAGAAGUCCAUCAGGCAGUGCUUUUGGCAGCCAAGAAAACCUUCGCUGGAGAAAAGACAUGACCCAUUGGCGUCAGACCAGCGAAAAGAUGGACAAGACCAGGGCUGAGCUGGAGCAUGAAGCAAUUAUUGAUGGCAACCUGGCAACUGAAGCUAAUCUCAUCAUAUUGGAUACACUAGAAAUAAUAGUUCAGACCGUAUCAGUGACGGAGUCCAAAGAAAGCAUUCUGGGAGGGGUUCUGAAAGUCCUGCUACACAGCAUGGCAUGUAAUCAAAGUGCCCUGUAUUUGCAACACUGCUUCGCUACACAGAGAGCUCUCGUGUCAAAGUUUCCAGAGCUGCUGUUUGAGGAGGAGACAGAGCAGUGUGCUGACCUGUGCCUGCGGCUCCUGAGGAAUUGUAGCAGUAGCAUCAGCACCAUCAGAGCCCAUGCCAGCGCCUCCCUCUACCUCCUCAUGAGACAGAACUUUGAGAUCGGAAAUAACUUUGCACGAGUGAAAAUGCAGGUGACCAUGUCUCUUUCGUCUCUGGUGGGUACAUCCCAGAACUUCAAUGAGGAGUUUCUGCGGCGUUCACUCAAGACCAUCCUCACGUAUGCAGAAGAGGACCUAGAGCUCAGAGAAACCACCUUUUCUGAUCAGGUUCAAGAUCUGGUGUUUAACCUGCACAUGAUUCUUUCGGACACAGUAAAAAUGAAGGAACAUCAAGAAGAUCCAGAGAUGCUAAUUGAUCUGAUGUACAGGAUUGCUAAGGGCUACCAGACAUCCCCGGAUCUACGACUGACCUGGCUGCAAAAUAUGGCCGGGAAACACUCAGAGAGGACUAAUCAUGCAGAGGCAGCUCAAUGCUUGGUACACAGCGCCGCCCUGGUGGCUGAGUACCUCAGCAUGCUGGAGGACCGCAAGUACCUGCCUGUGGGCUGUGUCACCUUUCAGAACAUUUCCUCUAAUGUGCUGGAAGAAUCUGCUGUGUCGGAUGACGUGGUGUCACCAGACGAGGAGGGCAUCUGCUCUGGGAAGUACUUCACUGAGGCAGGCUUAGUUGGGUUGCUGGAACAGGCUGCAGCCUCCUUUUCUAUGGCUGGUAUGUACGAAGCAGUGAACGAAGUCUACAAGGUGCUCAUCCCUAUUCACGAGGCCAACAGGGAUGCCAAGAAAUUAGCCACUAUUCAUGGUAAACUUCAGGAAGCCUUUGGCAAAAUUGUACUCCAGAGCACAGGCUGGGAGCGGAUGUUUGGCACCUAUUUUAGAGUUGGAUUUUAUGGUUCUAAAUUGGGUGACUUGGAUGAGCAGGAGUUUGUCUACAAAGAGCCAGCCAUCACCAAGCUGGCAGAAAUCUCACAUCGGCUUGAGAGUUUCUAUGGUGAAAGGUUUGGUGAGGACCAAGUGGAAGUUAUUAAAGAUUCCAAUCCAGUUGACAAGUGUAAAUUGGACCCAAAUAAGGCCUUCAUUCAGAUCACGUACGUUGAACCAUAUUUUGACACUUAUGAAAUGAAGGACCGCAUCACGUACUUCGAUAAGAACUACAACCUGCGCCGCUUCGUCUACUGCACGCCGUUCACACUCGACGGAAGAGCUCAUGGUGACCUGCACGAACAGUUUAAACGAAAGACCAUUCUCACUACCUCCCACGCUUUCCCCUACAUCAAGACCCGCAUCAACAUCAUCCAUAAAGAGGAGAUAAUUUCCACGCCUAUUGAAGUAGCCAUUGAGGACAUGCAGAAGAAGACACAGGAGCUGGCUUUUGCCACUCAUCAAGACCCAUCCGAUGCCAAAAUGUUACAGAUGGUUCUGCAGGGGUCUGUUGGCACCACUGUUAACCAGGGCCCUCUUGAGGUGGCCCAGGUAUUUCUGUCUGAGAUCCCAAGUGAUCCUAAACUCUACAGGCACCAUAAUAAACUGCGACUGUGCUUCAAAGACUUCACCAAGAGAUGUGAAGAUGCCCUUCGCAAAAAUAAGAGUCUGAUUGGUCCAGACCAGAAAGAGUAUCAGAGAGAGCUGGAGAGGAACUACCACAGACUGAAAGAAGCUCUGCAGCCUCUCAUUAACAGGAAGAUCCCACAACUCUACAAACCUGUGUUACAGGUGAACUCACACAGAGACUCUUUUAGCAGAAUGAGCCUUCGCAAGCUAGACGUGUGAAGAUUGAAGAAAUAAAAAGAACAAAUGCAAUUUUAUUUAUUUGUAUAUAUCAGUCCUCCUCACAAUAUCAGUGUUUCUGCCAUAAAGUAAAAA